AUGGCCGACGAGGACGGCUUCAAGAGUAGUGAUGGCGAGGUGUGCAGAAAUGUUGACGAGCUCCAGAAAUGGAUGGAUGCAAGUUCCAGCGAGGGCGAUGCUUCAUGGGAUUCAGAAUGUGAUUCAGAGGAGGCUCAGGAUGUCCUCGGGGAGCUGAAGACAUUCCCAAAGCCCUGCCACGUGGAUCAGGCGGUAUCCAAGCUCCUGUUCAUAGACAUGUCCGCGAGCAUGAAGAAAGCGGACGUCAGGCACAUUGGAGGGGGACUGCUGCGUCGAAUCGAUGCAGCGCGGCACGUGCUGAAGCAACUGGUAAGCCAGCAGCAGUCAAGUGGCGCAAUCGGAGACUUGUACAGCAUUGUCACUUUUUCCAAAGGUUCCUACGCGAUUCCUUUGCAACACCGCAGUGCGUCAGAGGCAGUUGUCGCGUUGAGCAAGGAUGAGAGCUUUAUCCCUUGUGGACCCAUUUGCUAUGAAACUUUGCUCGCACCUCUCAAGAAGCUGGUGAUGCCAGGGCUGAAGACUCAGGUGGUGUUCUUGUCCGACGGCUGCCCAAGUAGCUUGCAGCCGCGUAUGCUUCCAGAUCUUCAGCUUGUUGCGGCCAGUUAUCCCGGAUUGGCAAUUCACACGGUGGGCCUGGGGCAGUGCGACUUUUCGAUUCUCCAGCAGAUCGCCCAAAUCGCACGAGGAUCGUUUAGCCAAGCAUGUUGCGACAUGAACAAUCUGGUGAACACCAUCACCUCACUAAGCAAGACCAUGACAUGCACUCGGCAGGAUUCCUCAGCUGAGCGACCUGUGCGCGAGGUUGCUUUUGACAGCGCGCGGCGUUAUGUCGCAGGGGCCAUCAGGAGUUGGAGCCGAGCAUGCCGCAUUUCGUUCCGGCUCUGGAACGGUCAGUUGCUACAAGGUCAAAGCAAGCCAGCUCGGGUAGCAAUGCAUAAGAACCCCUUCAUGCAGGGAGGCAUGCGCUUUGUGCAUCGCUUCGCCGACGAGUCCAUUUCGCGUUCGAUGGUGGCCAAAUUCUCCAAGUACCCCCAAGAUGACAAUUCGCUGAGUUAUGUGGAGGCUUUUGUGAAGAAUACAAAGCAGACCCGCAUCCUCGGCAAGAAGUUCCACGAGGCUUUGCGCAAAACCUGGCAAACAUGGAGAGCCCCGGCUGACGGCAAGAGGCAGCAAAAGCAGCAAGGACGGCCCAAGCGCUGGGCGGCUUUCAACGUCCAUGAUGACGUACCCCGCCUGGUGUCAUGUGCCCAGUGCUUCGUGUACGAAGGUGCUGUGCACGGGGCUCCUUCCGACGUCUUCGUGGCCGAGGCGUUCCUGCGCGGGUCAGAGCAGCAGGGCUUCGUGAAGUGGAUCAACAACCGCGGGGAGAUUUUGGUGCCGGCGAGCAGCGCGAACUACAGCAUGGCGCCGGAGGCCUUUGCGCAUUUCUGCCUGGACUCCACGAACGGUCGCAUGAUGGCUUCAGACCUUCAGGGAGUCUUGCGCGCUGGCUACGGGCCUUGCCGCCGCGUGCACCUUACGGACCCGCAGAUGUUGUCAUUGGAGCAGGAGUUUGGUCCCGCCGACCUGGGUCAGAGUGCCAUGCAGAAGUUCCGAUCCUUGCACACCUGCAACCAACUGUGCAAGAAGCUGCACCUGUCAUCUUUGACCUCUAUCGCCCGACCACCGCGGGUGCGCAACAGCAUCGGCAGAAAGGACGCUUCAGCUUCCGUGCCGGUCGUGCCACCGCUUGGCGCUAUGCGCGCGGAGACGCGGGGCAGGUCGCCAGGGCGGAGAGAGAAGUACCCGGAGCCCGAGGCCGACUUGGCACAACGCCAGAAGGAGACGGUCAAGCCACUGGAUUUGCUGCUGACCAGUACCCAGGAUGCAUCCAAGAAGGCCCUCUUUGUUGGCGAGUACACGCACCUCUUCACAGCGGCGGCGGCCAAACUCGUCACCCAGAAGCUGUCGGAAGCCGAGCGCCUCAACUGGACCUCCACGGAGCUGCGCUGGCCAGCCGGAGCCUUGCAGGCGGAGCUCAAGCGCUCGGUGGAGUGGCUCAGGAGGUGUGGGGUGACUGCCAUGGAUGGAGUGGACGCCACGCAGCUGCCAAACCACAGCCCGGGGCAGCUGGCUGCUGCCAUUUGGGUCAUGCCGUUCCCGCGGGGCAAAGCGGCGAGGUCGCGCAGCAGUGAGCUGAAGGAUGCCAUUCAGGAUCUGAUCCAGGGCUUCGUCAAGAGCGUCGCCAACUUCCUGGACUUGCAGGCGGAGGGCGGCGUCGGCGGAAAGGUGAGCAUCAUCCUGCUGGCGCACCAGCACUUGGCGUGGAAGCUGCCCACGGAGCUCAGCACAGCCAAGGGGCCCUUCCUGCGGGAAGUCUUUUGGAUGGACCUGGCGCCGUUGCUGCGACUGGGGUACCACCCGCGUUUUGGAGAUGAGCGUGACGCCUCCCGCACAGCCAGGUAUCACGAGAACGACGAAGUGGUUGUCGUGCAGUGGCGUCGCAAGCGAGGAGAUGGCGAUCGUCCUGGCGGGAUGACGGACCAGCGCGUGCGCUCAGAGAGCGCUCGCAGCCGGAGUCGAAGUUGCAGCUCGAACCGCUGA